AUGCAAGAUCGCGCUGCCUUUGCAAAUGCCUACGUCGCGGGUCUUAAAGAGGACAUCGGUCUCCAUGGAGCGCAAUACAACGUCCUUCUCUCGGUGAUGACAGCCGGCUAUGUCAUCGCUCAGAUCCCACAUGGCAUUGUCAUCCAGAAGAUUCAGCCACAGAUUUGGCUGCCGUCGAUGAUGGCACUCUGGGCAGGCCUGACGAUGUGUACCGCUGCCUGCAAGACGUAUGAGCAGAUGUGCGUUGUUCGGUUCUUCCAGGGCAUGGCCGAGGCGAGCACGUACUGCGGGACCAUGUACGUUAUGGGGUCUUGGUAUAAACCGCUUGAAAUUGCCAAACGAACUGCCAUCUUCACUUCUGUAGGACAGGCUGGAAGUAUGUUUGCCGGUGCGAUGAUGACUGCAGUUCAUAAGACCAUGGAUGGCUAUGCCGGGCUACCUGGGUGGAAGUGGGUUUUCCUCAUUGACGGAAUCAUCACUCUCCCCGUCGCCAUCGCAGGUCUCCUCUGUUUCCCCGAUAUACCAGAGAACACCAAAGCGCGUCUCUUCGGCUUCAAAGACUCCGAACUCCAGCUGGCCAUAUCGCGCCUCCCACCCAAGCGCAAAGACGCGCACGACAUCUCCCCGCUCUCGCUCCUCAAACGCGUCCUCGGCCAACCCCACUUCUACAUCCUCGGCACCUUCUCCCUCCUCGCCGGCGCCCUCGAAGCCUACACGGUCCAAUCCCUCUUCCUCCUCUACCUCAAAGCCUCCCCAGCGCACUACACCACCUCCCAACGCACCCUCUACCCGCUCGGCAUCCAAGCCGUCGCCAUCGUCUCCCCCAUCCUCUCCGCCGCCUACACCGACGCCACGAACCGGCGCGUCCCCGUCGGCCUCGCCGCCUGCGCCCUGCAGCUCCUCGCCACGGCGCUGCUGCUCGCGCGCUCCCUACCCGCCGCCGCGGCGUUCGCGGGGUUUUACAUAGCCGGCACGAGCUACAUGGUCAACCCGCUCGUGUUCGGGUGGGCCAACGUCAUCAUGAAGCGGACGGGGGAUGAGGCCGCGAGGGGGGUGAUGCUGUUUUGGAUGAAUGCCGUGCAGAGCGCGUUGUAUACGUGGUGGGGCGUCGUCAUGUAUCCGGCGGAUGAGGCGCCGUAUUGGCGGAGGGGCGGGUGGGCCAUGGUUGCGGUGGCGGUGGGGGUCGCGGCGUGGUUGGCGUGUGUGGGGUGGCUUGUGGUGGAGUCCGAAGAAGAGGAAGACGGAGGUUCAUCGGUUGUUCAAAUUGAGACUGGUGAGGGAAAGAGCUGUUGA